CUCUCUCUCAUCCCACAAUGGCAAAAGUGGAAAACAGCCCCAGAGAGCCUCCCUCUACUCUCCCCUGAAAAGUGGUUACAGCGAGAAAGAAAAUGACGUGCAAUUUAGAGAGAGAGAGAUUGCGACCUUUGAUGAUGGAUGUUGUUGGCUUUCAGCGGAGAAGCAACUCGUGGGAGGUGGUAGCCAUUCCCUUUUGUUGUUUCCUUCGUUUUUUCUUUCUCCCUUCAUUGUAAAGCUUUCAACUUUCCUAAUUGCGGGGUCAUAAUGAUGAACAAUUGGAUUCCUAAAUAAACUUCUCAUACGCUACUCCUUACUCUGCUACUGUUCUUUUCCUCCCUCCCCGCGCCUUUGAUCCGACCGCCAGCCACAAAAGCGAGACGAAAGGGUAAAAGAAAGUGCUCGAAAAUGGGGUUCGUGGGUGGGCCGGUAGCUGGAGAUAAGAAUUUUGGCCCCUCUCUGCCUCCUCCAUUUUUUCUCAUCUUUUUCGUUGUCAAAAAGAUACCCACUUUUUUGAGUUUUUUUUCCCACCCACCAAGCAACCGGAAGCUCCCCUGUUUUGCUUUCCCUUUCUUUUCUUCUGGGCUUAGUGGGAAUUAGGUUCUCUCUCUCUCUGUUUUUCCCCCAUUUUUGGUCGAGCGUUUUUUUUUGCUUCGGGAGAGAAUCGAAGUUCGUUAACGUUUGGGAGAAGCAAUUUCAGUUUGCAGAUCAAAACAAAAUACCCAAAACGGCCGACUGGCGAAUUUUUUUUUUUUGGUUUGGUUGCUUGCAUGGUCAGUUUCGGAUCAAUUUUUUUGUUUGUUUGAGUGGUCUCCUACCUGGGUUUGUUGUUUUAGGUUUUAGCGAUCCUCACAAGGUGGGAAAGUUUAUAUCUUUAGAAUCGCUUCAGCCAAUCCACCAGCCGACAGCCUGCGUUCUUUGAUCUUCACGGGUUUUGUUUUGAGGUAAGAGAUGAAAUUAAGUCUACUCCUGAAUUGCUUGUCCUUUCUUCAACCCAUUUUCCCGCUCUUCUAAUUUCUUCUUUUGGCUUGGGAUCAACACCCAGGUGUUUAAGGUUUCCCCCUCGUUCCGAGACAAACUGGGACUGGGUUCUUUGUUCUUGUCGGGGUUGUGGAUUUAAUGGCAUUUUGUAAAGUGAAAAAUCUGCUUAAAAUGCUUGCUUACUAGCUGCGUCCCGGCCUUACAUGUAUUUAUCCACUUCACAAGUAGGUUUAGAGUGGAAACAUAUGGUGGAAGUCCCAAGUUAAUUAAGCAAAACCUAGUGAAUAUAAUUAAGAUAAUCAUCAUGGCAAAGAAAUCUCAAAGACGUCCAGCUAGAAAUGCAAAGCCAGGCUGCAUGUCGGGCCUAAUCAAUAUGUUGGAUUUCCGCCAUGGUCGAACAACUCAGAAGCUGCUCUCAGAUAAAAGGCACGAGAGCAGGCAUGUUAUCGGCCAUGGAGAUGAGGCUAUUAAACAUGACGUGUCCCCGAAUUCUGAUGAAAAGACCUCUGAUGGUGAAGACAAUCUUGUUUUGGCAUCUGAGUUCUGCAAGCCAAGUGUAAAGAAACUCAUAGAAGAAGAUUUGUUAAAUGAGCAAACUUUGAAGAGCCAGAUACAUGGUAAUGAGAUGAAGCCAAAAUCAGAACAAGAGGACCGGCAGCGAAAGAGGAGCAGCAAGAGAACAAAGAGGGGUCGUUCAAAAAGUUGUGAAAUGCAUGUUGAAGAUCUGAAUGCUGCAGGCAUUAGGGGACAUGAACAGCCUUCUCCUCAGAAGUUAGCGAAGCAAUCUAGUAACAGUCUUGAUGUAGGUGAAAUAAUAGAGGAGUUCUGCCAUCAGCUCCAGCAGAAAGGUAGUAGUUGCAUAAAGCAUGGCGAGGACUGUGAAUUCCAUCAUCCAAAACAGAGUAACAUCAGUUUUGAAGAGAGAUUGGGCGAGGCCCUUAAGGUUUUUGUCAGACGGAAGCAUCUAAUUGAAGAGGAGAAUGACCCCAGCUCCAAAGAACUCACAGAUGCUCUUCACAUUUUGUGCUCAGAUGAGGAAUUGGCUUCUAGACUCUUACUUGGUCAGAAGUCAAUGAUAGUGAAGCAAUUGGAGAAAGCAUUGAUUUCCCAAGUAGAAAUUGACGAUUCAAAGUCGCUGGUAGGAAGUAGUACUAUGGAAGAAGCGCAGGAACCUGUACCCAGAAAGCAUCGGAGAUUCUUCAGGCGAAGUAAAUCCCUUGCAAACUUAUCUUCUGGGGAAAAUGAUGCCUUUCAUGCAUCAAACAGGAUUGUCAUAUUGAAGCCUGGACCUAAUAAAGACAUUCCUGGCUCAUUGAGGCAGUCUCAACUGACUACCGAAGACAAGUUGCCAAAUGAAAGGGGAAGUUCCCAUUUUUCUCUGACUGAAAUCAAAAGACGCUUGAGAAAUGCUAUGGCGAAAGAGACAAGGAAUGCCUCAACUGUUAAGAGAUACUCCAAUGAGGUGUGGACCGCAGGAGAUGGUGACAGAAGAACAUCCAAAGAGAACACUGGAAAAAGUCGUCCAGGUAAAGAGCACUUCUUUAUAGAAAAAGUCGCGAGACUCCCUCCAACGAGUCCCAAAAAGUCGAAAGAACCUGAACAAAGUGUGCAAGAUGAAGAUGGUAAACCUAUUAAACAGAGUGUAUCAGAUAUAUAUUUAGAGGCUAAGAAACAUCUUUCGGAGAUGCUGAUAACUGGGACUGGGGAUGUGGACUUCCCAAGCAGACAAUUCUCCAAACCGCUAGGGAGGAUCUUGUCAUUUCCAGAGUACAAGUGUUCUCCUUUUGGCAGUCCUGCAAGAGAUUCGGAGACGACACAAAUGAGAUUGCCAAACAUUGACUCGUUAGGUAGACGGGAAAGCAAUAUCGGCCAUCUAGGUAAAAAAUCACUGAGCUCAGAUGUACCUUCAUCUGAUAUUGAAGCACAAGCUCCUUUGGACCAAACUUCAAGUUCCCCGAAUGAACUUGUUCAUGUUGCUGAAGUGGAAAAAUCUGUUAGUUCCAUGCAAGAUGAGAUGAUGACUCAGGGAUAUGUGGAGAUUGAAGAGGCCUCUGAGAUUAUUAUUGCCCCAGAAGAGGGUGAUGCGGCCGAUAACCUUUCUGAAACAAGUAGCUGUUCUGUCAUCAUCGAUGACCAAAAUGGCGUUGACUCCUCUGAAGUUGGACAUGAGAAAACUAAUGCUGAGCCCUUGGAGCAUGUAAGUUCUCCAUUGGAUUCUCCAUCAAACCAGAAGCAUGAUGAUCUGGAAGCUACCGAUGUGCAAGACCAACCAAUUGAACUACCAUUGCAACCACUAAGGAUUGAAUUUGAGGAGCAAGGGUCUUCAUCUGGGGAUCGAGGUACACCUUCAAAAACCACGGAUCAUGAGGACUCCAUGCUCGAGUACAUAAAGGAUGUACUGCUAGCCUCUGGCUUAAACUGGGAGGAGUUCUACUUGAUGUCCGACUCUUCCGACCAGAUUCUCGACCAAUCUAGUUGUCACGAGUUCGAGUUCUGCCCUAACCAGCUUUGCCAUGACAAGCAGCUUCUCUUCAAUUGCAUCGACGAGGUUCUAAUGGAGAUAUACGAUUGCUAUUUCGGUUCAUCUCCAGGAUUAUCUUUAGGGAACCCUGCAACCAUCCGUCCUAUCCCGGACAUGAACCACACCAUUGACGAGGUGCAUGAAAGACUACAUUGGCACCUUCUUCCCUUGCCAUCGCCGCUUACUCUGGAUCAGGUUGUGAAGAAAGACAUGGCCAAAAACGGUUCUUGGAUGGACCUUCGGCGUGAUUCAGAAACUACCCUCGUCGACAUUUGUGAAGCCGUCUUCGAACAUCUGAUUGAGGAAACAGCAGUUUGCCUUUCCGGUUCAGAAAGUGUCAGUCUCCACGUUCGAGUUACUUCAGAGGAAAGUGACAGCAGCAGCAUAUGCUUGUAGAAAAGAAACUUGUGCUUGUGUAUACAGUUAUCUUACCUCGCUAUCUUUUUCUCUAACUUGGCCUUUGACAGACAUAAGAGCAUAUCACGUAAUCACCUGCGAACGAUCACGAUCUGAUUGUUGUUUCGCGAGGGGAAAGGAAGUUUGCAAGCUGAGGGUGGCUUUGCACGCUUUCCUGCAAGUAGUUUUGAUUGUAGAACUGAGUUAGUAGUGGUAAGCUCGGUGUUGGUGUGUGUGGUUUCAGAGUUCUCUUCUUCUUGCAUUUACAGGCAGUGGAGUUAUGUUUUGUAACAUUGAGAUGUGUAUUCUUAUUCUUAUGGAGGGAUGAGAAAUGAAUAAAACAGGAGAUUGAGAGUUUUCCUACUCAUUUCCAUCAGCCAUGCUUGUCUGUUUCAGUUCAGUUUACAGUUUGACCACUUGGUUACAGUAGAGAGGGGGCAGUGUACAAGUGCAACAAUGGACAACAGUGAUAUUAAUAUUAAAGUUUGAAUCUUUUUUCCUCCC